UAAGGUAAGUAGUCGUGGGAUAGCGGUGUGUGUGUAUAUAUAUGUAUAUAUUCUUUUAGCUAUAUACAUCAUUUGAAGUAGCAAGUUGGAAAUUAAACUUUUUGUUUCAGUUCAUUAACAGUUGGAUUCAUGGGCUGUUCUUAUGUUUUGCUUCUCUUAAGCUCCAUAAUAGUAGCUGUACUUGGUCAAUGUCAUCAUCCGUUCCUCCAGUCGUCUACAGAUAGUACUGAAAGUCAACCCUACAGAACUGCAUAUCAUUUUCAACCUCCCAAGAAUUGGAUGAACGAUCCUAAUGGACCAAUGAUUUACAAAGGAAUAUACCAUUUGUUUUACCAGUACAACCCCAGAAGUGCAGUAUGGGGAUACAUAGUGUGGGGACAUUCUACUUCAACUGAUCUAGUCAACUGGAAUUCUCACCCUCCAGCACUUUUGCCUUUAGACCCAUACGAUAUCAAUGGUUGUUGGUCAGGUUCCGCUACAAUUCUACAAGAUGGCAAACCAGCUAUACUCUAUACUGGAAUUGACUCCAACAAUAAUCAAGUUCAAAACCUAGCCGUGCCCAAAGAUCCAUCAGACCCUUAUCUUGUAGAAUGGAUUAAAUCGCCUCAUAAUCCAAUCAUGGAACCUAAUGCUGUGAACAAAAUCAAUUCUACUUUGUUUAGGGAUCCAAGCACGGCUUGGUUAGGCCCCGAUGGGCGAUGGAGAGUCAUUGUAGGAAACGGAAGAGAGCACAACGGAGCUGCUCUUUUGUACAGAAGCAAGGAUUUUGUACACUGGAUAGAAGCUGAGCACCCCCUGCAUUCGUCGAAUGAAACUGGAAUGUGGGAAUGCCCUGAUUUUUUCCCUGUAUCAAAUGACAUUGGUGAAGAUGGACUUGACACUUCAGAGAUCAAUUUUCCAGGAGUUAAGCAUGUACUCAAGACCAGCGUGUUUCGUUCUCUGGUUGAAUGUUACACUGUUGGAACGUAUGACCAUCAGAAGGAUAUAUUUAUCCCGGAUGAGGGAUCUGUAGAAAAUGAAUCAGGAUUAAGAUUAGAUUAUGGAAAGUACUAUGCUUCCAAGUCUUUCUUUGACAGUGACAAGAACAGGAGGAUCUUGCUUUCUUGGGUCAACGAGUCUACAAGUUCCGAUAUUGAUAUCAUCAAAGGAUGGUCUGGUCUUCAGGCGUUUCCCAGGAGAAUUUGGCUUGAUAAAUCUGGAAAGCAAUUGAUCCAAUGGCCAGUAAAAGAAAUCGAAAAGCUAAGGACAAAACAAGUUAAGAUACCAACUACAACACUAAAAGCAGGUUCAGUGCUUGAAGUUUUAGGUGUCACCGGUGCACAGGCGGAUGUAGAAAUUUUCUUCUCAAUCCCAAUGCUUGAGAAAGCAGAGGUGCUUGAAUCAAGUUGGACUAAUCCACAAGAGUUAUGCAGCCAAAGAGGUGCAUCAGACAACAGUGGUGUAGGCCCUUUUGGUUUGCUAGUCUUGGCCUCAAGUGACAUUCAGGAAUUUACUGCAGUUUUCUUUAUAAUUUUCCAACACAACAACAAGUUUAAGGUCCUAAUUUGCAGUGACCAGAAAAAGUCGUCGUUGGGUCUUGAUUAUGACAAAACCACGUAUGGAGCCUUUUUGGAUGUUGAUCCUGUUAAGCAAAAUAUUUCACUGAGGACUUUGAUAGAUCAUUCCAUAGUAGAAAGCUUUGGCGGAGGGGGAAAAACUUGCAUCACAGCUAGAGUUUACCCUACUUUGGCCAUCAACGACAAUGCACAUAUGUUUGUUUUCAACAAUGGAUCACAACAUGUCGAGAUCUCCAAUCUGAGUGCUUGGAGUCUGGAGCAAGCUCAGAUCAACUGAAGCAGAGGAUUGAUCAGGUCACCAUUGACAAUAAUUGAUUAAAGCUUGACUUUAUCAAGCCCUUUCUGUCCUUUUCUCUUUUUACUAUAAUUCUCUUUGUUUUGGUGGGAUGUCACCACACUGCAGAGUUCUCAUAUGCUUGAAGAGUAAGACGCCACAAGAUAAUUAGUUUCAUGACAUUUGAAAUUGAAAUCAUACAAAAUACGGAGGAAGGAAUAAUUAUCUAAAAGAACAGAAAAAACUACUUAAGCAAUAUAGAGGCAAUGAAAGUCUGUGCCACCAUCUAAAUAUUGAAGCAACGGAAUGGUUCAAUCUAUGCUUCUCAUCUGUGCAUUGAUUCACAGAGCCACAGAGAUGAGAUGUUGUCAUGGAAAAAUCCAAUAAUUGAGAAAAAUUUACAUUGCUUCUACUAAAGAUUAAAGUAGCACUGUUGUAAUCACAUUUGAUUAACAUGUCCCUGUGAAGUAGCACUGUUAUAAUUACCUUCAGCUGUAGCUUCAACAUUAUUUUGUACAACA